AUGUCUGAUGAAAAUAAUGAACGACAACAAGAUUCAUCUAAUGUCAAUUCCAAUCAUGAAAAAAUUUCACCAUUAUCAAAUCGUUUUCUAGUUGCACAUUCAUCAUCAGUACAUGAAUCAACAACAACUGAUGUAGUAGUUACUCGUAUACAAGAUGAUUCAUUUCAAUCAUCAUCAUCAAAUUCAAAAAGUAGUUCAAGUACAACGAGUCGUUCAUCACGUCGACAAUUUUUAAUUAUACAACAUCAGUCAGCUGUUAAUUCACCAUUGAUGUAUUCUCGUUGUACUUCACUUGGUUCAUUAGCAAUCUAUGAUAUACGAUCAUCAUGUAAUGAUUCAUAUGCAUCUGAAUGCAGUGCAAUAAAACCGUCUGGUAUAAUAUCACCAAGUGACAUACCUGAUUCACCACCAUAUGAACCAGAAAUCAUUGAAGAAGAACAUGAACAUAUAAAACAUAAUAAUCGUACAUUAACUAUGAAUACAACAUCAAGUCAUAAUCGAACAACAAUGAUCGGUGAAAUAGUUAUUGAAAAAACUUUUACACUUAAUCAAUAUGAAUUAAUUUCAAAUCAAAAUAAUGAUAAUGAACAUCUUGAUGAAGUUAUUGUUUAUUUAUAUGAUAAAUCUGAUAUAAAUCAAAAUUAUAUUAAUAAAUCAUUGUAUGGUAAUGAAAUUAUAUUUGAUGAUGAUAGUUACCGUAUAUUUAAUAGUCAAAUUGAUGAAAAUGAUUUAUUGAUAGAUGAUAAUAAUAUGCUAAAUAAGUCAUCAUUUAAUGUUCGUUUACAUGAAAAUUUAAGUGUUAUUACAGAAGAAUCUUCUUUUAUUGAAGAUAAUCUUAAUUCCAAUAAUGAAAAUAAUAGUAUUAAAAUUCUUUAUGAUCUUAUUAAAAAACCACAUUGGACAAAUAAAAAUACUUUAAUAAAACAACAAUUAUUAACUAAUGCAUCAGAAAACCCUAAUACUUCAUUCAGUAGUAGUCUUAGUCUUGAUAGUAAUAGUAAUAAUCAAACAGAUGAUGAUGAUGAUGAAUAUGAUCCAGAAAAAGGACGAUAA